AUGCAGCUCCCGGCGGGGCCGGGCGCCCUGGCCGCCCCCCUGCUCUCCAUCCCCGUGGCCUUCGGCAUCGCCGGCGCCACCGCCCUGGCGGACAACCCCCCCCUGCUGGUGCUGACGGUGACCCUGGUGCUCCUCGGCCUCUUCUCCGUCAUCCUCCUCGGCGGCGGCGUGAGCCACUUCCAGGACCCCCUGUUCUGUGUGUUCGUGGUGUUCUCCUUCGUCUCCGGUGUCGACCUCAUCAUCGCCCUGGAGGAGGACGGGUUCAUCUCCGGCUUCAUGGAGCUCUAUGUCAGAGAGGGCGAGCCCUACCUGCGCACGGCCCACGGGAUCAUGAUCUGUUACUGGGAUGGCGUCGUCCACUACGGGCUCUACCUCACCAUGGUCAUGGCCAUCGGCCACAGGAAGAACUACAGGAACCUGGGGCUCUUCUGGCUGGGCUCGCUGCUGAUGAGCGUCGUGGUCUUCCUGCUGGGGAACAUGAUCGGGAAAUACAGCUCCGAGCUCAGCCCCUCCUUCCUGCUCAACCUGCCCUACAUCCUCCUCCUCCUCUGGGCCGGGGCGAGGCUGUUCCAGCAGCCCAGGGAGCCGCUGCUCCUCAGCCCCGAGAAGGUGGCGGAGGAGCAGCGCAAACCCCUGUACCGGCGGCCCCAGGACGCGGCCCUGGUGCUGGUGCUGCUGCUCAUGGCCUCGUUCACCUUCUUCAGGGGGAUGGUGGUUCUGGACUGUCCUGCCGACUCGUGCUUCGAGUACAUCUACCAGCACGAGCCGUACCUGCGCGACCCCGUCGCCUACCCCAAAGUGCAGAUGCUGAUCUACAUGUUCUACGCCCUCCCCUUCUUCCUGCUCUGCAUCUACGGGCUGGUGCUGCCCGGCUGCUCCUGGCUGCCCGACUGGAGCCUGGUGUUUGCCGGGGCCGUGGCACAGGCUCAGUUCUCCCACCUGGGCUCGUCGCUGCACGCCCGGACCCCCUUCCCCUACCAGACCCCCGACGACGUCCUGUGGAGCUUCCUCCUCUCCAACAUCCUCUACGCGCUGGGCCCGCAGCUCCUGGUGCUCCGCUGCCUGCGCUGCCCCGCCUUCUUCCUGCCCCCCGCUCCUGCCGGCCUGCUCCGGGCAAAGAAACACCAGUGACGGGGCCUGCCCGGCCCGGGGGGCUGCUCUGCCCACCCUGGGGGCUGCUGUGCCCACCCUGGGGGCUGCUGUGCCCACCUUGGGAACUGCUGUGCCCACCUUGGGAACUGCUGUCCCCACCCUGGGGGCUGCUGUGCCCACCCUGGGGGCUGCUCUGCCCGGUGCCCCCAUCCUGCUCGAGGAGCCACAGAGCAGUGGGACCCAGAGAUGUCCCAGAGGGGCUGCCAGAGGUGUCCCCAGGGGUGCUCUGCUGGUCCCCCGGUGUCCCCAAAGGCUGUGGGGACCUCCGGAUGCUCUACAGGGACGUUGUGGCUGCAGCCACAGCCCUGCCCGUGCCCAGGGGGGUCUCACUGGUGGGGGUCUCCCCUCCCGGCGGGUCCCGGGGGUCCGUGGGUGCCCUGUCCCACCCUGGCCACGCCGGGAAUACUCGGGAGGGGGGGCAGUGCCAGGAAAACACUGUUUACAAAAUAAAGGAGC